CCGAACCCGCUGUCUGACAAAUAUGGUUUGAUUUUGAGCUUUAAGUUACAGAAUUUACUUUCAACAAUACAAAGUUGUAACCAUGGCAUCCACCCUAAUAUGACAAACGUUAUCAGUAAAUUGCGUGAGUUUUAACAUUUACAGAUACAUAAAAAUGCUUCCUUUUCAAGAAAUUUGCGCUCCUACGGAAACCGCGUUCUUUAGCUCUUUAACGUGACAUGUUAAUGAAAAAAUUCUGACACCAAAGACUUAAAUCCAGGCUUAACAUCUGCCUUCUUUACCUUAAAAAUUUGCAAGGCUUUCAACACAAGAAAUGUUCGCAGCUUCCGUUAGGAUUGCUGUGAUUCGAAAGAAAUGACAACGUAGAAAAUAUAUUGAAAACUUUUAAAAUUUUAAUCACUUUAAAAAGUCUGUGUUAUCAACCAUGAGUAAGCCGCAAUAGAUUGAUGUUUCGUUACUCGAGGCCAAGUUUUUGUUAUUUGACUUGCAAUUCUGUUAUUUCGCAUAAAAACGCUCUUAAACUAACAGGUACCACGUAAAUAAUUUAUCGGAAACAUUAGGCUCGAUGUUGAAAGCAAAUCAUCAAAGCGGCUACACCAUUAUGCAGAAAAAAAGUUCAGUUUUUCCGUUUUUACGUAAUUAACGAAUCCAUAAAAAUAUGUCGGAAAACAGCCCGGACGCUUUGGAAGUGCGAGCUAAGAAAGAAAGAGAUGACACGCAAUUGCGUUUGUCACUGUUCGUCUGCGCCGUUGUUGCAAUAACAUGGUUCCUUGGAGCGUAUGGAUUUUCCUUCGUAUGGGCAGGGUUUAUAAUACCAUUGAUAUUUACAGUGUGGUAUCGCAAAAAUUGCCGCCUAAUAGACGAUCGUGUCAGAGAAGCAGAAAUUAAAGUACACCGAAGAAAGGCCUUACGGGACGAGGAGACAGCCGAGUGGCUCAACUUUGUUUUGAACCGAUGGUGGAAUUUCAGUGAGGUCUCCCUUUGCAACCUUGUGCGCUCCAGUUUGAAUCCUGUUUUGGAGUAUAGCAAACCAUCGUUUAUAGAAACUAUGGAACUAACAGAGUUCAGUUUUGGAAAGAAGACGCCGUUUCUGAAAUACGUGAAAGUGUUUGAAAAUAUUGACGAGAACGACUCUCCGGAUAUCCCUGCCUCAGAAUCAACAGCAUUCAACCCACCGAAGGACCUGGCAACAAGGCAGAGACAUCUGUUGGUGCUUGUUAUGGACCUCUGCUUGCACGCACCUGAUACAAAAAUCGCUAUCAAAGUGAGAUUAGGCGGCAAAAUGGUUGGUGCAGAUGUUGAUGUCAGUAUCGAGGACGUGUCGUUAUCUGGUCGUGUUCAGAUUGUGUUUGAGAUGGAUCACCUUGUACCAUUUCCACAUAUGAAAGCUGUCUCCAUAACUUUUCUUGAAAAACCAGAUGUCGACUUUGAUGUUCGAUUGAUGCGCGCAGUACAAGUGAUGGAUAUGCCUAUGCUGAAAGAUUUCAUCAACGCUCUCGUUAUGGACAGUUUGACUUACGCAUUGGUUGACCCUGGAAGAAUCGAAGUUCCCCUUCAUGGUGUUGAUCCCGAUGAACUCCUCAGCGCAGCUAAGAAGUCAACUUACGCCGAUGGACUAUUAACAGUCACACUGAAAGGUGGAAUGCUCCAAAAGUAUACAGAUGACCAGAUCUGGACGUCACUUCAAGUCGGUAACCUUGAUGAACAAAACACUGAAAAGAUUCAGGGUGGAACAACAUUUGAAGAGUCAAUAUCCAUUCUUAUUUAUGACCUUGCGAAUGACAAGCUUAAUAUUGAAGUACGCGGCAAGAGGACUUUUGGAACUAAAUAUUCGAUUGCAAAAUACAAGAUGUACUUGGGCAGUCUUGGCCUGGAAAAGAAGAAGAAAGUCGAAACAACUCUGAGUAAGGAAGGAAUUAAAGGGUCCAAGCUCGAAGUCUCUCUGGAGUACACGCAACUGAAACCUUAUGAAGUCAGCAGUCGGACAGAUGAGCAGGAAUUCCUUGAGAAAUACCAGAAACCUACUGAAGAAAGUCCUGUGUCCGGUCUUCUUCUCGUAGUCGUUCAUGGCGGUGAGAAGCUACUGGCGAUGGAUGAUGAUGGGUUUAGUGACCCUUAUUGCAUUAUGGCAGCCAAUAGAGAGAAGGUGAGAACCACUCCUCACGUCUCGGGAUCUGUCAAUCCUGUGUGGGAAUCUGUGGUAGAAUUCCCCGUCAAAGACUUUACGAAGACCAAUGUUUCUUUCCUGGUGUAUGAUCGUGAUGUGAACUGGCAGGGUCAAUCUGAUGACUUCAUGGGAUCCUGUAACCUUCAAAUGACUUUGGACGAGCCCGCAAUCAUUAAACGUAAGUUAGAGUUGAAGUAUAAAGUGUUCGGAAAGAAGAGAUCAGAUGACUCCAUCAUGAAGGCAGGAUCACUUACAGUGUCAGCUGUGUUUCAACCCGUCGAGUCGGUCGCCAAAUCAGAAAAAGAACCUACGGCUGAUGACUUAGUGGAAGGUGAAGAUAUAGAUGAUAUAAAUGAGCACGCCAAAAAACACACUAUGAAGAGCAGUAUGAAGAUCAAAAGACAAGUUGAAGAAAUGAUGUUGAUCAAAGAGCUUGGUGUUUUAGUGAUCACACUUCUCCAAGGUAAAGAAAUGGUUGCUAUGGACAGCAAUGGCCUCAGUGAUCCAUUCUGUGUGGUGCGAGUCAAUAACGCGAAGAAGUUCAAAACCAACGUGGCGUACGAAACUCUGUCCCCGGUGUGGAACGAGUCCGUGUCCAUAGCCAUGCCACAAGAGGGAGAUAAGAUUUCUUUCGAUGUCUUUGACAAAGAUGUGUUUCAGAAUGACUUCAUGGGAUCAGUUCCAUUGACCGUUGAUGACAUAAAAGAAGCUGCUAAGAAAGGAGCCCCUCAGUGGUUUAAGCUUCAAGAGGCUGACUCAGGAGAAAUUCAACUUCAAUUCAAAGUUUCUAGGCCUGGCGAACAGGAAGAGGCUGAGAAAGCGGGGGAUAUGACGUCACAACCGGGAGAAAGUGGAAAUGACUCGGGUAUCAGUGAUACUGGGGAACAUCAGGAGGCGCCGAAAGACGUCUUUGAUCUUACACUGAGCAAGAUGGACGAGUACGUAGAGAGUCGGAUCCCACCUUUGUUUUACGGCGUAUCAGGAGAAAUCAUUCAGGCUUCGGAUAUAACAGGUUGGGGUACGUUCCAAAUUAGAGCAAGAGUUGAGAUUCCUCGUCAUGGCCGUAAAAGCAGUGUCAAGUAUGAGUACAUUACGAUGUGCACCACUCCCCAACUUGCUCCUGAGAGUGGGAUGGCAAAAUGGAAUUAUAUCUUCCAAACUGCGGGAGGAACAGCAAUUUCAAACGAAGCAGGAUUCGUUUUUGAACUGAGAGACGCCAAGAAAAAACUAGAGGGAAAGGUUAGGAUCUCGAUACAGGACUUCUUCAAAGAUGUGUUUACCAGGAGGGAAAGGUCGAACACUAGCAGUGGAUCUGAAGGCAAAUAUUCUGAAACCAAGUGGCUCAAUCUUGAAAACGAUGGAGUGCCCGCUGGUCGUCUGCAAGUGAUGAUGUCAUACUCAGACACUCCAGAUGCCCCUGUAGCCCCAACUACGCUCAAGAAACGCUCCAUCUUGAAAAGAUUUUCUUCAAAUUCAAAUCUUUAGCUCAGACUGCAAAAUACAUGUGGAGUAAAGACUGCUAUGAUGAUAUGCGGUGCGCGCGUGGAAUGUUGGGAAUUGUGCAAGACGCUUAAGUUUGAGUCUAAAAAUUUUGGUUUUACAGCAAUCGAAAAGUGCUCUACGAUACAAAUAAUAUACUAAGUACACGGGGUGGGUCAUUUGUUUUUUAUCUGGGAAACGCUUUUUUUCCAAGUGUUUGAUAUUUUUUAUUGAAGGGGAUUCAAAGCAGAGUUUGUUGUUUUUAUUGAGCUAUACAGACAGCAAGUUGCAUUUUAUAGAAAAAAGUAACUCGAAUGUAAACAUGAACGUAACACCAAAUCUUCUUGUAAACACCUAGAGAGAGAUUCAUAAUUUUUGCAAUAUGCUUAAUCGUAGUUUGAAAAUAUGCAAAAACUUGCCACUUUAAUUACGCCGAAAAAUAUCAGUACGAAAACUAUAAAUCGUGAUAUGACUGUCAAUGCUUGAAAUCAGAUCAUAAUUGUCUCAAAACAAACUGAUCAAAUCUAGAGUAGUACCGUAGGGUUGUCUUUCGCUAUGAUAGGUGGUCUAGAUUGAUUCUGAUUUACAAUCAUCUUUCUUGUAAAUACUUACGUAGGAGAUUCUUAUGGACAUAGCUAAAUACCUAUGGAGCAUAACCCAAGAAUAUAGAGAUGCUUUGCAAUUCGA